UUUCAAUUGAAAUGUUUUGCCUUUCUCCUGUUUUAAUUUCAAUUUUUUAUGCUGAUUCCGAGUAUCUAAAUCGAUAUCUGAUCUUUUAGUGUAUUAUGGGACAUGCGAGUCGCCUAGGUUACAUUCACUAAACUUGAAAUCUCGACUAAACUUCUUAAACACUUGUUUUGAAAAAUAUUCCUGUACAAAGAGUCUUUUCAACAGAGAUCUUAAAGUUGCCCUUUUAUAUACACAAGAAGUGAUCUACUUUUGCUGCACUAUUUUGUGAUCGAAUUAAAAUUUUAUAAUUCAUCAUUUAACUUAAAGCAUUUUUAAUUUGUACUGGAAAUAUAUUUUUUAAGUGUAAUGAAUCAAGAGAAUAGUAAUUCUGAUAAAAUUACAAUAAAAGUAAGGCAUUCGGAUGAGGAUUAUCAUGACAUUACAAUUGAUUGGUCAAAUGAAAGUUUUGAUUACAGGAAACAAUUGUUCCAUCAACUAUCUGCAUACACAGGAAUACCGAUUAAACAACAAGAUCAUGUCGGAGUGCAGCAUGUAAAUCCUUAUCACAAUGCCGGUCUGCUGAAUGCCGAAUACGACCAAACAGGAUUGUUGAACGCUCGUUGGAAUUGGCAAUACGAUACCAAAGAGCUUGCAAUGAGAGCAUUUGAUGAUGGCGAUUGUUUUCUUCUUGAAACAAAAAUGCAAGUAAAUGAUAUAGUUCCUGGUAUAAGUUGCUCGUAUCAAUUGGUGCAUCGUGAUGUGGCUAAUGAAUCUAGAUGUAACCUAAAAUAUUGCCAUUAUUUGGGUAGACGAUCUUUUACUAGAAAAAUUUCAGAGAUCAUAAAAUCAUUCCAAUCGCAACCCAUUCUGCAUCCAAUGGUUUAUGGACAAGGCGAAGAGGGAAGGAAACACAGCAGAUUAGCUGUGUAUGAUGGUCAUCUCAGGGAGAUAAAAACUGCUCAUUCUGUCCCACAAGACUGUAAAAUAAGGCACUUUGCUGUUUCAAUUUUCGAUGUUUGGAAUCUAAUGAGUAAUUAACCUCGUUACCGUGGUUAACCUAAAUUUCAUUGUAUUUUAAUUUUCUAUCAAAAUUGAUUGCUUACCGUGAAAAAAUCAUAAUUAUGCUAGUUUCUUUUUGAACGAACAUACAUAUACACACAUGAUUCUGGUGUAUAUGUAAAGUUAAACGCAAUUUGAUUCUUUAAUUUGUUUUUUCUCAGAUUUAAAUUAGUUGAAGGUAUGAACUUCACUGAUUUCAGGAUAUUGUCUGAAAUAAAAUUUUCUGUGAUAAUAAAAAUGGUCAGAUAUGUUAAGAUUAUCGAAUUGAAACUAUGAGAAUAAAAAGACUCCAAUGUCAUCUUAUUCAACUUUCCAAGUCAGUGUUAUCGCCAUUUGUUAACACAACAAUCAAAAAUAAUUUUCAUUUGAUUUCUCAGCAUCUUUAUGGUAAUAUAUUCAGAUAAACAAUGGCUGGUUAAAUAGUGGUUACAAAAGUCUUUCAACUUUAUAUGAUGAGAUAACUUAACUAAUGGCGCCGGUUCCUCUUUCAAUCAAGAAUUUAGUUAUCAUGAAUGCUCACUUCAAGUUAUUAACUCUACUGGUACAAAAACCGGUUAUUUGGUUCUCUUUAUUGUAAGAAAAGGUAAAAUUAUUAUGCAACAACAAUAAAAAACCAUUAUUUGGAAAUCCUACAGGUGGCGUUGCAAAAGUAACCACUGAGGUUAAAGAGGAUCGCAACAUUUCUGGUUACUGAGGGUGAGACAAAGGGGGUGAUAGACUUUGGUUGCUCACAAUAAACCGUUUAUUAAUUUUUAAAUUUUCCUGCCUACAAUCGAUUUUAAUUUGUGACUUAUUUUUGGACUGUUGCUAAUUUAGUGAUACAUUUUAACUUUUUGUGUCAACUUUAAUUUGUGCCCUACAAUUUAUUGGAGAAAACAA